GAUAAUAAUAUGAUGGCCACUGUUUUGGCACUCAGUCGGUAAUUAAUUACAUUUGAACCUAAUACCUAACUAUUGAGUAAUGCUCAUAAAAUUAUUAUUGUAAUUGUCAUUCGGAGGUCUGCUCGACUACUGUCUGUAGUUUCCCACAAAGAGACCUAUUCACAUUCGAAAAUGGGCUCGGAACAGAGUUCGCAAUCCAACACAUCCGAAUCUAGCUCGAAAAAUCCGAAACUGAAGAGGGGCAAAUCGGUACCAGAGAGUUCUUGGCCGCGGAAUUCACAGGAUGGUCAACAUAGCAGAGCGGCCAGUGCGAACACAUCGCCCGGCCACAGCGUAUGCAGCGAUGUUGAUUUGCCGUACAUAUCUUACAUGGUCAACCGGCCAAUCGGAGAUUCACCUAAGAAACCCAGCAUUAUGAGCCGUGGCAGAUCGAUGCAGGUAGAAUCGCAGCGAUCUGUGAAGAAGACCCCGAAGUCCACGCCUAAACACAACAUUGUGGUGGUCAGGGCGGCUGUACAAGAAAACCCAGACAUGGAUGAGGAUCUGUAUCGAUUAAAGGUGCAUUUUUUUCUCACUUUAAACAUGUCAAGUGUAUGUUGUUAUUAA